UCUAUGACGUGACGUUUCUCAGGGAAAAGUUGAAAAGAGAGGUUUUCGGUGAGGCGGAACCAAAACAUCUGCUGCUACUUGUGUAAGACUUCAGUCACUGUUCUGUUAGUUAGGGUGGUCAGUCUCCAGCCAUGGAUCUGAGUGGAAUUCUGCUGCAGAUUGAAAACGGGAACGAUGAGGAAAUUGAAAAGCGUUUGCAGGAAUACAACGCAGAGAACUGUAGGACUUUUGCCUUUGACUGCAAACAAGAGGAGGCUCGAAUAAAGCUGUGUCAGGGAAUACUCACAGUGCUCAGACAGCCUGUGCGGCCCCAAUGUCAGAGCACCUGUCUGGAGACCAUGCGCAUCCUGUCUCGUGAUAAGCGUGUCCUUGGGCCUGUAGCCACCCACGACGGCAUAGUCACUCUUGCCCGGCUGGCGCGCAUCCCGCUGCCUGAUGUCGAUGUGGAGCGUCUAGAGAAAACAGAGUCAGCAGCUGAGGAGAGGGUAGUGGUGGAGGCGCUCAAGUGCCUGUGUAACGUGAUGUUUAACAGCGUGGCAGCGCAGCAGGUGGGUGCAGACGUGCAGCUAGGACUGGGUUUGUGUGCCUGUCUGCGCAUGGCCAGCUCCGCCAACCAUGACGUGGAGCUCUUCUCUCUCCGUUUGCUCUUCCUGCUUUCGGCCCUGAGGCCAGACAUCCGGAGAGGACUGCGCCAGGACUCAGAUGCUGUGGAGCUGCUCACUGGUGUACUCGAGCGCACCUUGGAUGUGCGCUGGGCGGGGCCGUACGAAGUCACGUGUCCUGACUCACAGGCCCCACCCAUUCCUCUAGAGAGGAACGAGCGGGCAAUGGAGUCACUCAAAGCUCUGUUCAACAUCACCAUGGCUGACUCCAAUGAUCAGCAUAAUGAUCACCAACUGAGGCGUAUAGCAGCCAUAAUGAGGCAUAUUCUAAUGCUGAGGGUUCAGACAGAGGAGAAAACGGAGGAAGUUCACAGUCAUGCCAUAAAUCUUCUGAGCAACCUUCCUGUGUCCUGCUUGGAUGUCCUGAUCGACGUGCCUGUACAGGGAGGACUUGAGGAAUAUGGUGGAAAGAACGUGAAUGCUCUGCAGGUGCUUCUGGACUUCAUGGAGAAAAGAAUAGACAAGGGGUCAAAUUACAAAGAAGGCCUGACUCCAGUGCUGAGCCUAAUGACGGAAAGUUCCAGAUACCACAGGGAGAUUCGCAGAUACCUCAAAGCUAAGGUUUUGCCACCUCUAAAAGAUGUGAAAGUGAGACCAGAAGUGGGCAGCACUGUGCGCAACAAACUGGUCCGCCUCAUGACUCACAUAGACAUGGGGGUGAAACAGGGGGCUGCGGAGUUCCUUUUUGUCCUCUGCAAGGAAAGCGUGGACAACCUGUUGAAGUAUACUGGCUAUGGCAAUGCUGCAGGGCUGCUGGUGGCUCGGGGGCUGCUGGCAGGGGGCAGAGGAGACACUGAGUACUCUCCUGAUGAGGAUUCAGACACCGAAGAGUACAAAUCAGCAAAACCAUUCAUUAACCCCAUUACAGGCCACAUAGAGGAGCCAAUGCCAAACCCUAUUGAGGACAUGACAGAGGAACAGAAGGAAUACGAAGCUCAGAAACUUGCAAACAUGAUCGGCGAGUUGUCAAGGCAGCAACUGAUCAGGCCAAUGGGAGUGAGGAAGGAUGGCUCACUAGCUCCCCUAGAGGAGGCGCUACACACAUGCAAGAUUCCAGACAGCAGUGACUCAGACUCGGAUUAAGACACGCCAACGUUACUCACUCACUCACUUGCUGAAUUGCCACGAAGUCAGCGCUCCAUAUGAAAAGAAAUGAUAUAAAACUUGUCAUUAGUUUUUGUGUUUGUAUUAGAAACAAUAUAGUUUGUGCCUCUUUGAUUUGUGAGACAUGAUGUGUUAUAUGUCAGUGCAAAUUCAUGACCAAGAGUGAGUCACAGUGAGGUGGUCAGAUGUUGAGGUUUAAUGCUCUGUGACGUUACUCUCGACCAUAAAUUUACAAUGGACAAAUAGCCAUUUUAUCUCAGAAACCAAAUGAAACAUUUGAUUGCAUUUCUUUUCAGUGUUGUGCCGCAUUCUUGAGUUCCUCACUGAUGCUCAGGGCAAGGCUAGGGAAAGAAUCUGAUGGAAUCCACAUCAGUCUCGGACCAUAACGAUCCCACUGUCCCACUCGGAAGCAGAAAGAACAUUUUUUGUUUUUUCUGGGAGAUCAGUUUGGAAUUUUACUUAAACUUGCUACUUUGGUAAUCAUUCCUUACCUUACUCUAGGUACACUGAACUGUUAACAGGCAUUUACACCUAACAGGGAUGGAGAAAAUGUAGGACAUUAGACUGUUAAUAUUAUCUUGUAAGUGUAAAUAGCACAGUUAGCAUGGGCUGCUCUUGCCACUCUGGCGUAGGUCUUUAUAGAAGGAGGGAGAGCAGUAACAUAUAUCACUAAGCAUAUUGUAGUUAUAUAUAAAAGACUAAAGGUAAUCGUGGGGAAUCACUGAAUGUCUCGUAUCACUAGUGUGGCUUUAAAGACAGGUACAUACACACCAGGCUAGUCUUUAUAAUUUUAGUGUGACUUCACUGCUUCAAUAUUACAUUUGGACAAUCUUAUUAAUAAUUUUUUUUGUAUAAGAUUUUUUUUUUUGAAGAUUUAAAUGAAUACUCGGUCCAUGCGAAUAUUGUUUAAUAGAUUAGUAUUAUUAACUAAAGUGAAUUUGUUAAUAAUGCUAAAGAGAAUGCUGGAAUCACAUGGAAGUAGGAAAAACUUUUUUUUUAAAUCCAUAACUUGAAGUAGUGGUAAAAGUGUGUAAAAAAAACAAACAAAAAAAAGAUUAACUGUCACUAUGUACAGUAUAAUGUCUAUAACACUGCUGCAUAAAUCUGAUCUGUAGAGACAUUCACUGAUGUUUGAACAUUUAGCUUUUCAUUUCUUUUUGAACAAAAGCCUUAUUUCUCUUGAGUGGGCAUCCAUGAGCCUCUUUCCUUUGUGCUGAAAAACAGAAAUCUGUAAAAAGCUGUUAAAAAAAAGUGUAUUUACAUUUCUCUGGCCUUACAGUGAAAUCUGUUUGUAUUAAAGUCCCUCGUUCAGCUCCUGGAACAUCACAUUUCCAACUAAAUUUAGAUUUUAGGAUUUUCUGGUAUCUGUUUUUCUGGUAAAAUUUAUUUCAAGAUUUUUUUUAGAUUAAUAAUAGUUCAAAAUGGUUCACAUUUAUCAAAAAAAAAAAUAUUUAGCGAAAUGAAGUCAUUUUCAUUUUAGACGGUUCACUGAAUAUUUAUGUUUACGCAUCCACUUCUUCUCAGAAUUCUCAGAACACGGACUUUCUGUAAGUUUGCUUAUUAUUCUGUAAACUGGGGAAUCAUGGCUUUCUAGUUGUGUUAUAAAGUGCUGGGAACAUAAAUGCUAGAACUACAGAUUCAAGUGACUCAUAUUUUAAAAGCUGGUUUGCCUUAGGAAUCAUCACUGUUUUAUUUAUUUAUUAUAAAACAGCCUGUAUGGUGAUAAAUGUAAAGUGCAUGUAAAUUAAGCAAAACAUUACCUAUGGUUUAAGAAUUGUUUCCACAUUUUAAUACUUUUGUUUCCUCACCAUCAUUAAUAAUUUUGCAGGCCAUCUGAUGGUAUGUCCCCACAUUCAGUCACAACAUAUUCCUGACACUUUUCUGGAAUUCUAAGAACAGAUUAGUAUUUUGAAUAUUUGUGCGCUUUUGUAAAAAUUUCCUUAGCACCUGUAUGAUAAAUAUACACAAUGUGUGUAAUCUAUCAUUUUUUAUACUGUACUAAACACUGUUUAAAUGA